UCUGUGCAUCUUACAUAUUAGUGCUUGAAAUACUUCUGGGUUGUGAUGCCCAUCUGCAUUUAAAGAACUUGGGAAAUUUGACAGAGUGUCGAGGGGUCUUGGACAAUAAUCAGCGGUUUUCUUCAUUACCAACGUACCUACCUGUGAGCUAUCGGCUCUUCAACACCGAGACAUCUUUCUUCCUCAAAGAAGCCAACCAGGACUUGAUGAGAAAUUCCAGUUUGCAGUCCAGGGUGGAGUCAUUCUUCCCAUACAAAGCCAAGAGGCCGCCCGUGUUAAACGCCAGCUACGGACCCUUCUCCGUGGAGCAAGCAGUGCCCCAGGACCUCAUGCUGACUUCCAGCUCUUUUGGAUCCGCCAACAAGUUCACUUACAACUGGAAGCUUCAGGCCUACAUCAUGAGCACCAAGAUCUACCUGAGCAAGCCCAGGGUGCAGGUGCUGUUCUACAUCGUGGGCAGGGACUGGGAUGAGUACAGCCCCGCGGAGCGGCUGCCCUGCCUGCGCGUGUUCGCCUUCCGCGAGACGCGCGAGGUGCGCGGCAGCUGCCGCCUCGGCGGCGACCUGGGGCUCUGCGUGGCGCAGCUGGAGCUGCUGCCCAGCUGGUUCAACCCGCCCACGGUGCUCGCGGGCCGGAAGAAGCCGGCGGAGCAGCUGGAGGGGAGCCCCGUGGAGCUUUACUACACGGUGCAGCCCGGCGACGAGAAGGGCGAGUGCACGGCCGAGGAUAUCCGCAAGGGCAACGCCAUCCGGCCCGGCAAGGAUGGCGCGGACGAAGCCGUGUCCCACCUGCAGAGGAUUGGCUCUGUCAGCCUCUACCGGGGCCAGGAGGCCUCCCAGCUCACGGAGCUGCGGCUGGACAGCAACGUCGUGGUGUGGCUGCCCUCCAAGCCCGUCAAACAAGGGGAGGUCGUGAACGUUUACGUGACAAUUGCCAACAAUUCCACGGUGGAUCAGUUCGUUCUCAGGGCAAAGGUGAAGAAGGGUGUGAACAUUCUCGGUGCAAGGACAAGUGACCCCCGGCAGUGGGACGUGAAGCAGGAGGUGGGCAAUGGUGGGAAGCACUCGACCACCACAGUUAUUUGUCAGAGGAUAGCCCCAAGUUCAAGGAACAGGAGCACCAGCCUGUUCCACGAGGUCGUGCAGCUGCACUUUGAGAUCGCCAGCUUCAGCAGCCUGUCGGGCACGCAGCCCAUCAGCUGGCAGGUGGAGUACCCCCGGCGCGGCGCCUCCGACCCCGCCCUGGCCGAGAUCUUCGUCUGCCAGAAGGACCUGGUGGGAAUCGUGCCCCUGGCCAUGGACACGGAGAUCCUGAACACGGCCAUCCUGACGGGCAGGACGGUGGCAGUGCCCAUCAAGGUGGUGUCCAUCGAGGAGAACAGUGCUGUGACAGACAUCUCCGAGGCCGUGGAGUGCAAAUCCUCCGGGGAGGACGUCAUUAAAGUUUCUGACAGGUGUGACUACGUUUUUGUCAACGGCAAGGAGAUGAAAGGCAAGGUGAACGCUCUGGUGAACUUCACCUACCAGUACCUGAGUGCUCCCCUGCAGAUGACGGUGUGGGUGCCACGCCUGCCCCUCCAGAUCGACAUUUCCGACACUGAGCUCAGCCAGAUCAAAGGCUGGCGAGUCCCCGUCGUUUCCAGCAAAAGGCCCACCAGGGACAGCGAUGACGAGGACGAGGAGGAGCGCAGGGGCAGGGGCUGCACCCUGCAGUACCAGCACGCCAUGGUCAGGGUGCUGACGCAGUUCGUGGCCGAGGACUCGGGCCCCUGGGGACAGCUGAGCUACCUGCUGGGCUCGGACUGGCACUUCGACAUCACAGAGCUGGUCAGGGACUUCAUGAAGCUGGAGGAUCCCCACAUUGCCAGGCUGCAGGAGGGCAGGAUCCUCAUCGGCCGGGAAGUGGGAAUGACCACGAUGCAGGUUUUGUCUCCUCUGUCUGACUCCAUCCUGGCAGAGAAGACAGUGACUGUGCUGGAUGACAAAGUGACCAUCACAGACCUUGGAGUGCAGCUGGUGUCUGGUCUUUCUCUCUUCCUGCAGCCCAGUGCAGCCACCAGCAGGGCCAUUGUGGCCACAGCCGUUGCCCAAGAGCUGCUGCACACUCCUAAGCAGGAAGCCGUGGUAAGCACCUGGAUCCAGUUCAGUGACAGCUCUGUCACCCCGCUGGACAUCUAUGACCCCAAGGACUUCUCGCUGUCGGCCGUGUCGCUGGACGAAGCCGUUGUGUCCGUCCACCAGAGCCCUGCCCUGAAGUGGCCCGUGGUGGCAGCGGAGGGCGAGGGCCAGGGAGCGCUGGUCAAGGUGGACAUGAUGAUCUCUGAGGCCUGCCAGAAGUCCAAGAGGAAAAGCGUCCUGGCCGUGGGGAGCGGCAGCAUCAGGGUGAAGUUCGGGCAGAACGACGCGGACGCGGAGGCGGGCGGCGACUACGACGCGGACGAGAUCGAGAACCGCGCCAGCGACCGGCGCCACAAGGGCUCGGAGCCGGAGCGCCACGGGCAGGACGGGCGCUCCCACGGCAGCUCCUCGGCAGAGAGGGACGAGGGGCCCCUCAGGAAGGUCAGCACCACGGCCAAGUCCGUCCUCAAAAAUAAAGUCUUCAAAAACAGCCGCCUGGACGGCGGCAAGCUCUCGGACGACAGCCAGCUGCAGAACAUCCCCAUCGACUUCACCAACUUCCCCGCCCAGGUGGACCUGCCCAAGGGCGGUGCUGGCGUGGAGGACAACGAGCUGGUGCAGACACCCCGGGGCCUCAGCGACCUGGAGAUCGGCAUGUACGCCCUGCUGGGCGUCUUCUGCCUGGCCAUCCUGGUGUUCCUCAUCAACUGCGCAACGUUUGCACUCAAGUACCGCCACAAGCAGGUCCUGGUGGAAGGACAGACCACCGUGACCCACUCGCACGACUGGGUGUGGCUGGGCAACGAGGCAGAGCUGCUGGAGAACACGGCAGACGCGUCGCCCCAGCAGGACGAGCACACCACCAUCAUCGACCGGGGCUCGGCCGGCGAGGAGAGCAGCCAGCUGCUGAACGGCAGCGCCCAGAAGAACAUUCAGAGCCAGGUGCACAGGGCUGCAGACCCGGGGGGGAGGCUGGGCAAGGAGCACAAGGUGGAGCCUUUGCACUCGCCCACGUCCAAGAGGAAGCGGGUGAAGUUCACCACGUUCACCACCAUCCCGCCCGACGACGGCUGCCCCACCGUCAACUCCAUCCUCAGCAGCAAUGACGAUGACAUUAAGUGGGUGUGCCAGGAAAUGGACCUGGGGGACUCCAAAGAGACACGGAACAACAUGGGGAAGUUCAAAGACAAAGCGUAGCUCCCUGCUGGGGUUCUUCUUUUGGGUUUAACCACACCUUGAUGCCUUCAGUUCUACAGUAUAUAUUGGGACGGGCGAGGGGGAGGGGAAGGGGUCGCCAGGAGAAACGAUGAGGCAGUUUUUAUAAUCAGGGAAAGAAAUUUGCCAAACUGUUUUGAGGUUUGUUUUUGGUUUUCACUUCGUUUUGUUGGGUUUUUGUUGUUUGUUUUUGUUGUUUGGUUUUUUUUUUUUUCCCCCCCAGUGGUUAUUCUGCUACUCAUGGAUUUAGGAAGUGGAACACAAAUAGCAGAAAGGAACAAGGAAAUGGUGUGACCAACAUGAUGAACUGGGCAAGAUGAGGUUGUGAAAAUUCAUUUUAUGGGUCAUACAAAUAAUAAUGAUAGUAAUAUUUCACAGUACCAAAAAUAUCUGUAAAAAGAGGUGAGAGAAUGUAAGAGCAUGAAAAGAAUAAGCAAGAGGCAAACAAUAAUUUGUUCUUGUUCCAAUAAAACAUCACAGUAAUGGACAUAUGACCCACAAGGACACUUUUUAUAUUGGUACUCAAGCCAUUUCUUUUCAUUCCUUCAUUUGAAAUGGAGAUGUGUCUUUGGCAUUACAAGUGAAGGAGGAAGAAAUUACCUGGUAUUUCCAUUUUUACUUUUCCAUUUGUCUUGUAAAUUGAAACAGAAUCAUUUUCCCACUUGUAUUUUUCUUUUAAAUGUCUCGAAAACAGGAAAAUUUAAAAUUCACUAAAUUCACAGUGGGACAAGAACAUUCUAAGUUAGCUGUAAACAGUCUCCUGUCAUUUAAAGAAUUCAGGGGAUAAGUAUUGACUAAUGAUUUCCAUGUGAUGUCUCUUCUGAAAGCCUGAGCCUCCAUUUCACCCUAGCUAGAAAGAUGUUCUGUUUGGAAGACUUUUCAUUUUCCUUUCAGGUUGGGGUUCUUUGUUUAGUUGCUCGUUUUAAAUUUCCACAACCAAAGUUCCUGUGUUUCACCAGGGGAAGAAGGUGCUGUUUUCUGUUAGCUUUUAGAAGUACCAAGCAAUGGGAGUGCCCCACUGGUGCAUUGUAAAUGUUCCUGGAACUGAGACCAUCACAGGCCAAAUAUGCACAGCCUGGAGUUGGGUUGUUUGGAUUUUUUGGGGUUUUUUUCUUCUUCUUUUUUUUUUUUUUUUUUUUUUUUUGUUUUGUUUUGGUUUUUUUUUGUUUUUGUUUUUGUUUUUGUUUUUUCUGUUUUUGCCAGGUUAAUGAAUUCAUAAUUUUGUGCUGCAAUUUUCUGUUUUUUUCUGGUGUCACCAGCUCUCAUCAAGCUCUGAAAGCAAGAAGAGGAAUGGACAGGAAGACCCUGAUUGCCCCAAACGUUUAUUCCCUUGUACUGGGAGAGCUGGCCUCUGGGCACACUGUUGGGAGGGAGGGAAAUAUUGCUGAAGCAAGAACAAGAAAUAUCUGGAGCUGUUUUAUAGAUUUUUUUUUUUUUUUUUUUUUUGCCAUUGGACCAGCUAAGACUGAAAAGUUUAGACUAGAUUGUAAAUCUGAUGUUUUGAAUAAACAAAUACCAAGGCAGUAAUAAAUCGGGAGCAAAUACAAAGUAGAGAUUUAAUUGGUGGUGUGAACUGGCAGAACUGUGUUGGCUCAGUUCACAUUCAUGGAGGACACAGAGCAAAAUCUGUUCCAUGAGGAAACCACUGUCCUCCCAAACCCCUCCUCACAAAAAGGAGGUGGUCGAUCCAGCCUUUGGGAAGCAGUGUCAUGUCCUGACUGUUAGCCAGAAGCACUUGCAUCAUCCUGUCCUUGCCAUGUAUUUCGUUGUUUUGGGUUUUUUAAUUACUAAACUCCGUAGUUUGUUUUGGUUUUUUUUUUUUCUCUUUUUUUUUUUUACUUGGACAAAGUCAAUCCUGCCACCCAAUAACAUAGAUGGACGUUUUAACAAGAUAUGCCUAGUAUGCAUUGUAGACUGAAAGAAUGUAAUAUUUAUUUAUACAUGUUAUAUGAAUUGUAAUUAAAAUGCUUUACACGG